AACCAGAACCAAUCAGCUUCAAGCAUGGGUGGGACAACCAGAGAUAACGGACCCAAAAAUCCCUCCAUCCGCUGCAAUGAACGGACACGUCUGUUGAUAUUUAUGUGAAUUAUUAUCAGAAACGUUAUGAGUUUCGGUGUAUGCCACACAGGGAGACGACAAUGCCGGCUACAGAUGUAGAAUUGUACUGAAUCACUGAGAUGUCUCUGGCUCAGAGGGUUUUGCUGACCUGGGUCUUUACCCUGGUCUUCCUCAUCAUGCUGGUCCUGAAACUGGACGGGAAGGUGCAGUGGAACUGGUUUCUCAUCUUCCUCCCUGUCUGGGUAUUCGAUGGCAUCCUCAUUCUCAUGCUUGCCAUCAAGAUGGCAGGCCGUUGCAAGCCCGGGUACGACCCACGCAAUGGCUCCCCAGACCUGCGUCUGCGUGCCUGGUACCUGACUGCCAUGCUGCUCAAGCUGGGCUUCUGCCUGACGCUGUGCGCCAAGCUGGAGAAGCUGGCGGAUGUAAAGCUGACAUUUGUGUGCAUACCACUGUGGACCAUGUUACUGGGGGCUCUGGUGGAGCUGGGGCUGAACAUCUUUCCUGAAAGGAGAGAGGCUUAAGAGGGAUGAAUCAUUGCACCAACAAAAACUGUCAGAAAAAUAAUGUUGACAAUAGAUUUUUGGUUAUAUGACCAAGACAUUGUGAAAAUGAAGCUUUUGUUUCGGCCUGAUUAUGUUUCCAGAGAGGACUGAAGCUCUAGAGGGAGUCAAAUGAUAAUUUCAAAUAUUAGUAUUCAUCUUAAAAAUAAAAAUCAUAGGGUGUUCAGACCUCGGUAGAGUAUGCUAUGAGGGCUUCAGCGUGGCAGGGACUCUGCUGUUUGUCCAAUCAUUUAAAGCGUUCAGAACAGCUAUAAAUAAAAAAAGAUGGCUUUUUCUCGCAAUGAAAAAAAAUGCCAAAAGGGGAUCAAUUGUAAAUGUACGAGACUACUGUGAAGCCAACACUGGAACCAACAAUAACAUCCUCGGAUGUUUGCUUUUGUUUUGAACUCAAGAUGUUCAGUAUUGUUUUCUAGUGUUUAUUUUUAUUGAUUAUAAGCUAGUACACCUGCUCUUAUAAAGAAUGACACACAGGGAGGAAGUUAUUUUUUAUUUUAGCCUCUGUGUCCUUUAUCUAAAGGGGUAGUUUGGAAUUUUUAAAAGCGGGGUUGUAUGGGAAUAGUCAGUGUAUUACCUACAGUAAAUAGAAAAAAUCAGGUAAAGAAUGCUAUAUUUAGAAUGUUUUCACUAUUUUAUCUUGCCACCAGACUCCAUUGACAAAAAGAGUAAUUUUACCUCACAGAACACAGCAGUUGCUGGUCUACUUCUGCCCUGAUUUUUAAAAAAAUUGUUUGUCAUUGUUUGACCUUGGUGUUUUAAAGGGUUACUUCCGAUUCUCACAAUAGUAAAAGCAAACUAACAGAUUGAAGCAGCAAUAGACCAGCAACUAACGUGUUCUGCAAGGUAAAUUUAUAGUUUCACACUGACUAUGUUUAAGUACCUCAUACAACUUUAUUUUAAAAAAUCCACACUGUCCCUUUAAGCUGCAUUAACAUUAACUAUCACUCUUAGUACCAAAUCAUGGAGUGUACAUUUUGCUACAUAUGCUUUAGAUAUUGUGUGGCUGUAUUUAUGACACAAGAAAGGCUUUUUCUUUUCAUUCCUGAGCUGUGGAGAACAGUUGGCCAAAUAUUAUUUCACAAGUUAUAAAUUAACAUUCGACGUGUUCGCGACAGCAGCUCGGUUUGGCUGCAAGCACAUAAGGAAAUUGGAUAAUUUAAGAAAUUGUUCAGGAUAUAAAAACAUCCUGGAACAGCUUGUGAUUUUCCACAGGCUACCCUCUCUGCUCUGAACAAGGCCUCUUUUGUACCAUGUAAAUAAUCAUGUGGCCAAUGAAAAGCAGUAAGCUGUUAUUCCUGUUGGUACGAGGUCGCUGAGGAAAACACCUUGAAGUGAAUCAUGAUAAGAUCAUGUUCCUACUGUGUAUUAAGUUGAAUUAUUAAGGUGUUAACAUGCAUCAGAAAACUUUCUACCAGCGGUUUUUAGGGUUGUAUUGUUCAUAUUUCGACUUGAUGGUACGGCUGACACAAUGCAUGAGUGACAUUUGUUUAGUGCCAUGUGUGUGAUUGUUUAUUUCGAGUACAUUCUUUGCAUUAUUUUGCACUAUGUGGAGAUGAAAAGGUGUUUUGAGAUGGAAAGUAUUUGAUAAUUAAUUCACGACUUGCAAAAAAAAUAAAUGGAUUCUGUACAUUAAA